GCGCUGUUGAUCGAGCACCAUCCUCGCGUGCAGUUACGGUUAACUGAGAGCGUGUAAACUUUCAACCUCGUAGUCGUUAAUAUUAAUUGACGCGAGUAUUUUUACUCGUCUACAUCGUUACUAUUGUGUGACUAUUGUAUUUGAAAAGAACAACUCAGUGUUUUCCGUUCUCCUCAUGGUUACUGGAAACGAAAAUAUUAAUAUGGGAAGUGCACCAAUGCCAAACAAUCCCACGGUUGACUCCAGUGGACCCACAAAACGGGUUAGUGACAGUAGAAGGAGUAACAAGCCAAUCAUGGAAAAACGAAGACGAGCUCGCAUUAACAAUUGCCUUAAUGAAUUAAAAACGCUCAUUUUGGAUGCAAUGAAAAAAGAUCCAGCUAGACACUCGAAGUUGGAAAAAGCGGAUAUUUUAGAGAUGACCGUAAAACAUCUGCAGAACCUCCAACGACAACAGGUAGCUAUUUCUGCGGCCACAGAUCCGUCUGUAAUAAACAAAUUCAGAGCCGGCUUCGGUGAGUGUGCAAACGAAGUCGGUCGUUUUCCUGGUUUAGAUCCGGUAGUAAAACGACGUCUACUUCAGCACUUGGCCGCAUGUUUGAAUCAGGGUAAACCGGAGCAACCCCACGUCCAAGUUCACAUUAUACCGUCACAAUCGUCCGAAUUACAACCUCAACAGCAUUCCACUGGUGGACUGAUACUGAGUAAUGGAAGUGGAACGGGCGUGCAACUGGUACCUACCCGUCUACCGAAUGGUGAUAUUGCCUUGGUACUUCCGUCAACUUCGACGACAACAGGUUCUACGGGAAGUAACAAUAACAAUAGCACUACCGCUUCCUCCUUACCGCUUCUGGUUCCCAUUCCCAACAAUAGAACAUCGUCUGUGGCCUCGCCGUCUUCCACUUCGUCUGCCAGUCCAGAACCUAUGGACUCUUUGUAUUAUGGUUCUUCUACAAUUCAAAAACCGUUGUCGUUGGUUAUACGAAAAAUCGAACAGAAGCGAGAGGAAGAAAGGUGGCCUCCGAGACCUCUUGUAAUGAGACAAUCGGAUCAACCGGAGGAUGAGAAACCUUGGAGACCGUGGUAGUAGUUUGUAAUGGUAAAAAAAAACUGUUGUGUUUUCGGUGCAAUUCAUGUUCAAAUGUUUUCUCUUUAACGGUGGGUGCAAUUCGUGCGUACCUAUCGACUUAUAGUGCCUUACUGUACAUACAUAUUACAUCUUGUAUUAGUAUUAAACGUGGUUGUGAUA